CACUGUCUGCAGCCCAAGCUUCUCAGGGUGGGGCCCCGCAGGCAUUGGAGCUGCAGUCCCCACUGGCCCGGCGACACGGCCAGGGGGACUGCGGGUCCGCUCCCUGGGGUGUCUUUCCCUUCUUCCUCCUCUGCCUCCGCAGGGCCAGUUCCAUUCAACAGAUUAGCAAGACAUCUACAAAAAGAGGCCCAAGCUCAACACAAUAAUUCUGAAUUCACAGAAGAACAAAAGAAAACCAUAGGUAAAAUUGCAACAUGCUUGGAAUUGCGAAGUGCAGCUUUACAGUCCACACAGUCUCAAGAAGAAUUUAAACUGGAGGACCUGAAGAAGCUAGAACCAAUCCUAAAGAAUAUUCUUACAUAUAAUAAAGAAUUCCCAUUUGAUGUCCAGCCUGUCCCAUUAAGAAGAAUUUUAGCACCUGGUGAAGAAGAGAAUUUGGAAUUUGAAGAAGAUGAAGAAGAGGGUGGUGCUGGAGCGGGGUCUCCUGAUUCUUUUCCUGCUCGAGUUCCAGGUACUUUAUUACCAAGGUUGCCAUCAGAACCAGGAAUGACCUUACUCACCAUCAGAAUUGAGAAAAUUGGUCUGAAAGAUGCCGGGCAGUGCAUUGAUCCCUAUAUUACAGUUAGCGUAAAGGAUCUGAAUGGCAUAGAUUUAACUCCUGUGCAAGAUACCCCUGUGGCUUCAAGAAAAGAAGAUACGUAUGUCCAUUUUAAUGUGGAUAUUGAGCUCCAGAAGCAUGUUGAAAAAUUAACCAAAGGUGCAGCUAUCUUCUUUGAAUUCAAACACUACAAGCCUAAAAAAAGAUUUACCAGCACCAAGUGUUUUGCUUUUAUGGAGAUGGAUGAAAUUAAACCCGGACCAAUUGUAAUAGAACUAUACAAGAAACCCACUGACUUUAAAAGAAAGAAAUUGCAAUUAUUGACCAAGAAACCACUUUAUCUCCAUCUACAUCAAACUUUGCACAAGGAAUGAUCCUGAUGUGAAUAACUUGGAACUUCUGUGAAUUUUACCACUCAGUAGAAACCAUCAUAGCUCUGUGUAGCAUAUUCACCCUUCAAUAGGCAAGAGAUGAGCCAUACCCAUGCCAGUAGGCAAGCAAGUCCAUUGCAAAGCUGUACCACAGAACUCAAAGUCCAGCACAGCACUGACAUAUAAGACUCCUUUGGAUACAGGUUUAUUGUAGAUUUUGAGACAUAUUUUUACUUUUCUAUUAAUUGUGCAAUUAAUAGUCUAUUUUGUAAUUACCACCGAUUCUACCCUGCUUCCUGGAACAAUACUCUUGUGGCAGGUGUGUGCUCAUCUUCAAAACUUAAUACAGCAAUAAGAAUGUGCUAAGAGUUUACACAUCUGCUCACUUUUGCUCCAGUUUGCUUUUUUGGUUUAACUUCAAACUAUGGGUUGAGGUGGGGAGGAUAGUACCAAACUGCUUUGAAAGGACCAGUUAUGCUGCCUAGGAAGGUUGGUUUGGACGUUUAUAGGCUGCUUCUUAGAGGUAUCCUAACUUCACCCUGAUCUGAUAGUUCUCCUUAUUAGAAAUGGUGUGCCUUGGCCAGAUCAAUAUCCCACAUGGGAGUGUUUCCCAGGUUGUAGCUGUGACUUUUUCCUGAUGACCAGAUUGUUUUUCUAAAAGUAAGAAUGUUUGUAGUAAUGUUGAUUGCUAAGCUAUUCUUCUACAUCACAUUGUUAUUCUUUCUGACACUAUAGGGUCAACAUGGGAACCAUCUCAGAUCACACAUUUUUAGAUGGGUUUAAAACAUCUUAUAAAUCAUUAGGCUAAAAAUAGAAUCAGAUGCUAAUGAGAUACUGCAGGUUAUAAUAACUGCUCUUUUUCUGACAACUGAUUGUCAAACUUAAAAUCUGUAUACCUCUCCUUAGAGUGAGAGUGCAAACUCUGGAAAGAUAGUCUAUUUUUUUUUAUAUAGAUAGAUAGGAUUGCCACUUAUUUCCUAUUUAGAUGUAUUGACAUUCUUCCAUAUGAAAAUAUGCAGGCCAUUUGCUUAUUAUAAUUUGAUUACAUUACUUUUGGCUUAAUAAUGAAGCAAAUAAAACUUUCAUAGAACACAUGAGGUGGAUAUUUGAUACACAGAACAUUAAGAUUGGUGAUGGGCUUUCUGUGGGUUAAUAUAGAACCCACAUAUUUUAAUAAUCACUUUUAAAUGAACAAUGCAUGAGGGGAAUGCAAACUCAGUCCUUGGUCUACUUUUAAACUAGUGUAAUAACCCUAGUCAUAUCAUUCAAUAUGUUUGCUUUUUAAAAUAAGUAACCACAAUUGUUUUAACCCUUGCACUUCAAGAGAGCUAGUCUUUACUUUUAGUUGUCUAUUGGGUCAAUUCUGUUUAUUAGAUGAAUGUUAAUAAAAACUGUAUGAGCCUGAAAGAAUUCUCAACCAAAUUUAGUCGUGUUUCAUCUUGAUUGAUGAAAUAAUUUAUUGAUGCCAAAAUAACUUAAUCUACAAUGGCUGCAAGGGAUGAAGAAUUUACCUUAAUUUCAUUGCUCAUUCAACUUUUAAACGCCCAGACUGUAGUUACUCAAGAGCCAAAACUGCAUCUUCUCCAUGUCAUGUAAAGUUCUAAGGUGCUUAGCAGCACUGUACCCUGUGGAGUACUUAGUACCUUUUAUUUGAUAUUCCUGAUGAGGCCUAAAAAAUGAUUCCUUAAAACUUACUAUUAAAAUGAAGCAAAACUGAUAUACCGUUUUCUCUUUUCUCAUAGACCGAAAAAGACAUGUCUAUCAAACUGGUAAUUUAUAUGCAGAAACACCUGCUAUCCUUCAUAUAAGUUUGGUUUAUAUGAACUAGCCUUUCAUUAGUAUUAAAGAUGCUUAAAUUGAACACUGUGAGAUUAACUUCACUUUAAUUCAGACCUGAAGGAAAUGACAAAAACAUUGACUUGAAGCAUUUGGCACAGAAUAUUCCACAUCUCACAAGUUACUUAAAUUUACUUGCCAGAGGGAGAAAAAAAAAAUCAGUCAUUAGAUAAUAACCACAACUGUAGCAGAAAUGCUUUCAGGCUAAAAUACUACUGCUUCAUAAAUGAGACCAUUUUAGCCACUCAACUCAAACAGAAUUAGCUCAGGGUGACUUUUGAAAUGUCUGAUUUAAUGGAGGGGCAGUGUUCUCGAUACCAUCUGUCUACUGGCAGCUUGCUUGGGGUUUUGUUACAUACAUGGUGCAGUCAAAUGCAUGUGGAGGAGGCCUGGCUCAGAACUGCUCAAACUACAUUGGAAUCUCUACAUCUUACUGAGUUUUCUGUAAGUACUGAAGGGCUUUAAAGGGGAAAACACUCUAGUUUUGAAUUUAAAAAUAAAUUUAAUUUGUCCUUUCCUACUUGAUCAUCUUCCAGCUGGCAUAACCUUUAUUUAAAUGCUGUUUAAAACUCUUUGUUAGUGGGGCAUGGUGGCACACCAAUGCUUGUCCCAGCAUUGAGGAGGCUGAGGCUGGAAGAUGACAAAUUUGAGGCCUGCCUAGGUUACGUAAGCGAGAUCAUCUCCAAAAAAAAAAGAAACAAAAAAAAACCCUUGGUUGACAUUAGAAGUUGUGUUAACUUCAGAAUCAUUCUAUGUCCUGAAGAGAUUGACAGGUAUAUUAAAAAGUUGUGUUUGUGACUGAUUUUACAUGAUUAAAAGGCUAUUCUAUGAAUAUAAUUUUUUUUAUGGUGCUAGGGAUCAAACUCAGGGCCUUGUACACGCUAAACAAGCACUCAUGUCUGAGUAACACCACCAGACCUUGGUUUUUUGAGACAGCAUCUUACUAUGUAGCUCAGGCUGGUCUUGAAUUUGGGAUAUGAUUACAGGUGUGCACUACCACACCAGAUAAUUUCUUCUAUUCUUGAUAUUAAAUGGAGGCCCCAAAGUGUAGUCUCUUUUCUUAAAGGACCUAUACAUUCAUUUUGAACUUUAUCUUCUUUCAGGGAUCCUGUCUCUCUAAACUACUAUCUUCAGUAGUUGAGGAUUUUGUUUUCACACAAGCUUUGCUCCUUUUUACCAUAUUCUUAGUGGUUUAAAAAUCCCAAGAGUGACAUGUCAUGCUG